CGAAGGGUGAGAUUGUUAUUGAAUGCGAUCGCAGUUUCUGCAAAACAACUAAACAUCUAAGCGCGGCUUUAGUGAGAAGAUGAUUCACUUCAGCUGAGACUACGUAUACGGUGAAGGUGGGUCACGGUCUAUCAUGGUGGGGAGUGGCGUAUCUUAGACCGCAUGCUCGCAUAAUGCCGCCCUGAACACAUAAAUACAGGGAUCGACUUAGCGAGAUACCGAUACGGAAAUCCACACCUUUUGUCAAUGUCCAGCUCUACAUCGUCCCACGCGUCUCCCCAAGGACCUGACGGCUGGGCAAGACGCAUCGAUAUUAAAGAGUACACCGGAGGAUGUCACUGCAAAAAAUACCGUUUCGACUUUUCACACCCGGCGUUCGAGAACGGGGAGACGAAGGUCAUGAGUUGCAACUGCAGCAUUUGUAAUCAACAUGGUUUACUGAAUAUGUACGUGCUACACGCCAUGCGCAGGUUCUAGUGGAGGAUGACUCACUUGUAUUGUCCCGCAGCUAUGUUCCUGAGUCCUACUUCAAAUUCACUGCAGGGGACCCCGACCAGCUGGCUUCCUAUCAGUUGCCAGGCAAACCAACUACGCAUCACUUCUGCACAAACUGCGGGAGCAACAUCAUCGUCCGCAGCGAAGGAGAGGUUGCUGUCAACGUGCGUGCAGUAGACGACGUAGAUGUGAGCAGGCUGGAUUGUAUCCACUUCGACGGGAGGAACAAUUUAUGAUGAGUCAGGAUGGGACACUGUCGAAACAGUCACGGGGGGGUAAAUUUGGAUAGCAAAUGUUACAUGAAAAACAAGACUGAGCGAGUAGCACUUGGAUUCUGCAUGUUGGGGAUGUU